ACGACCAGGGCUCCGAGGGGCGCCGCCCGUGGCGGCGCGCAGGACCACGCGAGGGGCGCCAGCACCCAAUGGAGGCUGCAGGACAUUCUUGGCUUCCUACAGGGAUGGACCCUAAGUCGAGCUACUUGUUGGAAUUCAGACUCAGUGCUAAUCCUAAAAAGCGUAGGAAGGAUUUUUCAUACUUUACCUUCAGCAAGGUUGUGGAUUCUGAUCUAUGCAAUUUCAAGGACCUCGUUCGAGAAAUUGUGGAUCAGUACCCUCAUGGAUACCAAGAAGUUGUGCAUGUUUUUUAUUAUGAUGCUGUCACAAAAUGCUCUCCUAAAAUUACAACCGAUCAGGAACUCCUUGAGAUGUUCCGCAAAUAUGUUGAUAGCAAGGUAGUUCGCAUGACCAUCACAUACACUGAUCCCACAGAUUAUGUGCCUGUUCCUGAGUGCUACACUCCAGAAAAUUCAGAUAUGCUUGAUAUCCCAUGCACCUCAUCUAUGCCUUGUCCAUCUUUAGCUGCAGCAAGCCAACCCACUGAGCCAAUAUCUAGCCAACAUACGAAGCCAACAGCAAGGCAGCCCACUGAACCUAGCACAAAUGAACCUAAUAAUGAUGUUGAGUGUCUAGCAAAUCCUCGUCCACAUAAGGAACAUGUGGGUGUCCAUGAUGAAGCCUUCUACCAACCUGCUCGUAAAACACAUGUGGGUGAGAAAAACGACUCCGAGUCUGAUUCCGAAUCUGAUGUGGAGUACGAGGAUGAGGAUGGCUUAAUUGGAAAUGAUCCUUUGCCACCCGUGCCAAUUGUAGCUUAUGAUCGAGAUGACCCUCCAAUGAGUGUAGGCAGCGUAUAUCCCAACAUGAAGCAAUUUAAGUUGGCACUUAAUCAGCAUCCUAUCAGGCAUGAAUUUGAGUAUCUCACUUAAAAGAGUGAUCCAGGAAGAGUGAGGGCUUAUUGUGAAAGAAGGUGGAAGAAGGGUGUAGGUGGAGAUUACAUGCAUGCACAAAGGAAGACAAAUCAUUGAAGGUAAC